CCCACUGUUCGGACCACAUUGUGUAUAUAUAUAGUUCAUUCUCCUUCACAAAGCAUUCAAUUUUCUCAAUACCUAUUCCUCGAUCUCUACAUAUAUCAAAGGCUCUCUCACUUCUUUCAUUCUUAAAACUCUCAAUUCCCACUCAGUUUUGAUCCUACGGACAUAUAUAUACAUAUAUACAUGUAUAUAUCUUUUCGGGAUCCAAUGUCUGGGAAAAAUGUUCUCCGGAGGCAAAAAUUGGGAAACUUCUUGCGUUCCGAUGAUCCCACUAUUUUGACAGAUCAAGAAGACAACGACGACGACGACGACAACAACAACAACAAUCAUUUCUCAAACCGAACUAGCAAUGCCUCCGCCGACGACGGCCUGAGCAGUACUAACUUUCCUCUUCCCUACGAUCUCAUGUCGCCGUGGAACCACUUAGCUUCACCUUAUAUCAAAUCACCCUGGUGGACUCAACCAUCUCCCUCAAACUCAGGCUUCGACUUUCGUCAACAUGAUGCCCAUGGGCUCAUCGGUUCCCUUGUCCGUGAAGAAGGUCACGUAUAUUCUUUAGCAACAUCCGGUGCGUUCUUGUACACAGGUUCCGACAGCAAGAACGUAAGAGUUUGGAGGAAUUUAAAAGAAUUUUCCGGAUUCAAAACCAGUGGGUUGGUCAAAGCGAUUGUUGUCUCGGGCAACAGUAAUAAGAUAUUCACCGGCCACCAGGACGGCAAGAUUCGAGUCUGGAGAUUUUGUCAGACGAACCGGAAGGCGGCGUACAAGCGCGUGGGCAGUUUACCCACAGUCAGAGACUUCAUCAAGAGCUCCAUCAGGCCCAGGAACUAUGUCAGAGUACGCCGCCACCGGAACGUUCCGUGGAUCAGGCAUUUCGACGCCGUGUCAUGCAUGAGCCUGGACGAGGAGCAAGGCCUGCUCUAUACCGGCUCAUGGGACAAGACCCUAAAAGUGUGGAGAAUCUCCGACUCCAAAUGCUUGGAGUCUAUAGACGCUCAUGAUGACGCAGUGAAUUCGGUGGCGGUGGCCGGGUUCGAGGGACUUGUCUUCACCGGCUCCGCAGACGGGACGGUGAAAGUCUGGCAAAGAGAACAACAGAAACCAAAGCACACUCUGGCGCAGGUACUUCUAAAUCAUGACAGCGCGGUGACGUCGUUGGCGGUGAGUGGGGGUGUGGCGUACUGUGGGUCGUCGGACGGGCUGGUGAGCUUCUGGGAACGUGGGAAGCAGUUGAUGUCGGCGCACGUCGGGGUGCUUCGCGGCCACAAGCGGGCGGUGCUGUGCUUGGCGGCGGCUGGUAAUUUGGUGUUGAGCGGGUCGGCGGACAAGAGUAUCUGCGUGUGGAGGAGGAUGGGGGAGGGUGGGGUCCACACGUGUUUGUGUGUGCUGACGGGUCACGGUGGGCCCGUGAAGUGCUUGGCCGUGGAGGAAGAUCGUGAUCAGGAGUGGUCCAAAGAAGAUGGGCGGUGGAUAGUAUACAGUGGUAGUUUGGACAAGUCUGUGAAGGUUUGGAGGGUGUCUGAGGAUGCCCCUGAUCUGAAGCAAUUGCAAGCUAUGUGAUAAGUCCAAGGCCGAGCUUAUUUUUAUUCCUCAAAAUGGCGCGGGCACCGCACGUGAAAGCGACACUCUGAGCAGGCGGCUCGGACCCAAGAUAUAUAUAUAUAUAUAUAUACAUGGACCAGGACAAAUUCUACAAUAUUCUGAGUACCGUAUUCGAUUUGUCUCAUCAUCACAUUCGAGAACUAUAAGCUCAGUAAUACGGUAUCCGAGUAUUUUAGAAUUUUUCCACAACUACACCAUGGGUAUGGGCAAAGAUUGAAACAAGUGGUGACAGGGAAUUGCAGGACCUUUUUCAGUUCAUUAUGGUUAUGUAAAAAUGGAAGCAACUUGCUUGAUUUUGGUACUUUGUUUGAUUCAUCUAGAGAGGCAUUGUGAGGGGUGAACUUAGGGCACAUUGACUGACAAGUAAUUUUCUAAACGUGCAUGAGAGUUUUGUUUAUAGAAAACAAAGAAAAAAUAAAAAUAAACUUAUUACUCCUUAGUCGACUUGGUAGAUAAAGUUGUAUAUAUUAUGGUGUCAUUUAAAUUUCGAUUACUAUUUGAGUGUGUAUUUAUUUAAGAAUACCAAUUUGUGAUCAAUCAAGUAUAUUUUAAUAUUGUACAA